AAAGAGAGUCAGCCAUUUUGAGAAAGUAAGUCAGUGUGAUCGAAGAUAGUUUGUGUGGAAAAGUCGUCCUAUAUUCGAGGAACAAAAUGCCUAAAAAAGCCAAGAAAGCGAAAGGAGGAAAAGGAAAGAAAGGAGGGAAGAAAGGUAAAAAAGAAGGAAAGAAGUCCAAGAAGGAAUCAGUUCUCAAAGAUGCGAUGGCUAAUGCCAAACUGUGGGAAACUAAAUUGGAGGCUGUGGAAAAAUCUCGACAAGAAUACAGAGAAAAUGCCAAGCGCUUGGUGUAUGAGAAUGAUAUUUUACAAAUGCAAAUGGCAAGCACUGAGAAGGACACACUGGAUGUUAUAUCUUAUCUAAAACAAGAAGACAGCAAGAAAGAUGAUCAGGUUUCCAAGCUUCAGCAGGCUCUGAAGGAAGUAAAGAGGGAGGCAAGAAAAGAACGGCAAGCUCUUGUUGACGAAUAUUCACAGCAGAUUCACCAACUGCAGGAAUCUCUGGCAGAGAAGACCAAUGAGGUGAAACUGAUGCAAUCUGAGCUAAAACUUGUGAAGGAAUUCAGACGGAAGAGAGCCCAGAUGCAGCGGGAACUAGAUGAGAUAAAGGAGAGCAUGUUUGCUACUGAGAGACACCACAAGGACACUUUGCAACAAAUGGAACACAAGUUUUUUGAAGAAAAAGUUCGAUUACAGCAAGAAGCAAGUAAAAAGAUUGCAGAACUUGCAGAGAGAGCUCAUUCAGAGGCCAUCAGUAAUCUUGAUGAAACAACACGAUCCGUAUACAAAGAGAAUGUGCGUUUAAAUGCUGCCUUGGAUUUCCACAUUAAGGAAGGACAAGAACUAAAGAAGGAAAAAGAAGCCUUGAGUACAAAGACUAGCAGUCUUUUAUCUGAGAAGGAGCUUAAUGGUAUGAUCGUGCAAGAGAAAAUUGUUGAAAGCAAGCAACAGAAAAAGCAAAUUGAGGAGCUCCAAGAGAAGGUGAAGACAUUGGAAAAAUCUCUCAGUCACGUGGUGCGUGAAUUCGAGGCAGAACGAGCGUCGUUGGUGCAGAAGUCAGAGGAUGAAACCAGAAGUAGUAGAGCUGAAAUUUCGAGGCUACAGAGAAUAGUAGAACUUAAAACAAAAGAGAUGAAUCGUGUCAAAAGACUGGCGAAAACUAUUUUAGAUCAGCGAACGGAAGUCGAACAGUUUUUCUUGGACUCACUGGAAUACGUCAAAAAUGAAAUUAUCAGAAACAGAAUACAAUAUCGAAAAGAUGCCCAAAAUGCCUACCAACAACGCAUGCUCGAAGCUCACGCUGGCCACAGUGAUUUCCCGCGCGUCAGAACCUUCCGCCCAUUAGACAGCAGUACAAACAAUGUGUUUGAUGACCUGAAGGAGGCCGAGCGGUGGACUGGGGUCCAAGGAAAAGUUGACAUGUCUGAGCUAACCUGGGAACAACGCGAGCGGAUUUUAAGGAUGUUGUUUGCGAAAAUGAAUGGUUUCAAAGAAAAGAGAAGACCUAAGGCACCAGCACUUGAGCCAACGCCUCCGGAUUCCCAUUCAAAAGCUCUACCAUCCGAGCAGACACAGAAAGCAAUGGGAGACAGCACAUUCCUGACGCAGCAAGAUGUGGGUGGCCCAUCACUCCCUGCGGCCCUUCCACUCCCACCCGUUGCUGGCACUCAGACUUCGACUGCGGGUACUGUUAGUUGAAACAACGAACUUGAUACAAACAGAAUCAGAGGUUACAUCUCCUUACUAAAAAGAGUAAUGUGUCGAAAAGAUGUUGAAUAGUGUGUUUAUAGACAUAGUUGUGUCACUUUAUGGAUACUAAA